GGUUGUCUGAGUGGGGCUGCAUCCCAGGAAGUUGUUGAUAUGAGAGCUGUUGGGAGCCUCCAGUGUAGUCCACGCUUUCUCCAUACUCGCGUUGAAGAAGCACAAUAGUAGUUGAAUAAUGGCCACAGACGAUAAGAAGCCAGCCUUUGAAAAGGUCAUCGUUGUUGGAGCUGGACCUUCAGGCCUUCUCUUGUCACUGCUGCUGAUUCGAGCUGGUAUAAGAGUACAUCUUCUGGAUGCUGCUCCUACUCUGGACGACCAGCCACGCGCCGCGCAUUAUGGACCUCCUGCAAUCCCGGACCUUCGACGAGCAGGUGUCCUGGACAAGAUCAAGUCGCAAGGCUUGACGCUCAACACAAUGUGUUGGCGAAAGCUAGAUCAAACAUACAUCGCUGGCAUGGAUACUAGCGAGACAUUGUCGAAUGACCCCGAGUACGGUGAUGUGAGGACUGUCAGCCUGGCUUUGCAAACACUGGACGCUUUGAUGUUGGAAGACUUCGAGAAAGAGGGCGGCCAAGUCAGCUGGGAACAUCGAGUGUUGGAAGUCCAACAAAACGAGUCAAAAGUUUGGGUAAAGGUCCAGACGCCGACCGAGAAGGAGAAAACGAUCGAAGCGGAUUAUGUCGUAGGUUGUGAUGGCGCGAACAGCGUCGUCAGAAAGAGCUUGUUCGGAGAAGACUAUCCUGGGUUCACCUGGAGUCAGAAACAGAUUGUCGCAACCAACACGUACUAUGACUUCCGUAAAUUUGGCUAUCACGACGCGAACUUUAUCAUCCAUCCUGAGCACUUGUACAUGGCAGCCAUCAUCGAUGAUAAAGGCCUGUGGCGUGUAACGUAUGGAGAAGAGCCAGGUUUGACACGCGAACAAUUGUUAGAACGUCAGCCCAGGAAGUUUGAGACUAUCCUACCUGGCAAUCCGAAGCCUGGGGAUUAUGAGAUGGUGAAUUUCUCGCCAUACAAGAUGCAUCAGAGGGUAGCCGAGAAAUUCAGAGUUGGGAGAGUCAUGCUGGCAGCGGAUGCGGCGCAUCUUUGCAAUCCUUUUGGUGGUCUCGGAAUCACUGGCGGAUUUGUGGAUGUUGGCUGUUUGUACGAUUGUUUGUACGGCAUCUGGACGCAUCAAGCCGACGACUCAAUCCUGGACCUGUAUUCGGAAGUGCGUCGACAAAAAUACAAGGAGAUCAUUGAUCCAAUCUCGACGGAGAAUUUCAAGCGUGUCUUUGACCAGGAUCCGGAAGCUGCGAGCGAGAACGACCACUUCCUAGUUUCGUGCAAGAAGGCGGCCGAGGACAAGGAAUUUGCCCGGCAGAUGCACUUGGCGUCCUUUGGCAUCCGUCAUGAUUUCACACAAUAUUAUCGCAAGGACAAAGGCAAGGCACUGGUGACUGAUGAUGCAAAGUCCGACUUGAGUGUUGAACAUAUCGAAAUAGUCGCGCCGACGGGAGCUGAUUAGAUACCGAAUAUGAAUUUCAACUGAUGUACUAUGCGCUAAUUGGUCCGUAAUA